AGAGAGAGAGAGAGAGAAAGGGAGAGAAGGAGAGAGGGAGGAGGGAAAGAGUUGUAUGUGUCCCAUAUGUGGAAAAAAGGCAUAGCAGUGCACACACAGGGUCUGGUCUGUCCGGGGAUUAUCCUGGUGCUUUCAGCUCUGAUGGAGGACAUGCAGGCAUGAACAGGUUGUUCUGUUGUCAGUGCAAGCUCAUGUCAGUGAUGGACUACAGCCGGAGCGGCGCUAACCUUAGCUGGCAUUCAUGAAACAGCUUUCCUCCUCACUGAGACCAGCUCCACAGAAUGCUGAGUCCUAUUGUCCCUUAUAGCCUGUUAAAGAUGCACUGGAACCCAGAGCAUGCCCAGUCCCUCAGCCAGUGGCCUGAGCAGCACUUGGACGUCUCCUCCACCACUUCCUCUCCUGCCCACAAGUCAGAAUUUUAUUCUGUUCGCGGCCGCAGCUCCAGUUAUAACUACGCCUGGGCCAACGAUGACAUCUCCGCCCUUACAGCUUCAAACCUGUUAAAGCGCUAUGCUGAGAAGUAUGCUGGCGUGCUGGACUCACCGUAUGACCGGCCUCCUACUGUGGCUACAUACCCAGAGCCAGGGGGCUUUGGGGGCCUUAAUGGCCAGAAGACAGAAGCGGAACCUUGGCCACUGAUGCACAACACUGACACCUCCUAUCCUUUGGUCCCUCCCGGAUGCAAUGAGAGCCUUUCAGCCUCCAAGACUGUAGCAACACCCACUGGCCCUCCUGGGGUUGGCAGCGUUUCAGCAGCGAACAGUAAUCUCUCUGACUCCGCUUACAGCGGCAGCAGCUCUUGCAUUGGCCCCAGUGAGUAUCCUUCAAGCUACAAUGGCACCUAUCUUUCCUCAGGGUUCUGUCCACAGCCCAGCGCAGCACUUCCCCCUGCCUCCCUCCACACUCUCCAGUCCACACCCACAUUGGUACCCAGUUUCAGCCCUAACACACCCGUUUAUAACUACCCACCCAGUGCAUAUCCUCCCCAGACCAGUCUGGCUCCAAGCUACAGUCACCCCUCCACAACAUACCUCCCCUCAGGUCUGCCAGCCCCUACCCCUGUUCCCUCAAGGCCAACAUUGGUAGGAGGCACUUACAGCUACCAGAGCUCCAACCUUGGGGCAUCUGAGUCUGGAGGGACAUUAAAAAGAAAGGCAUUUGAGAUGAGCAUAGAGGAGGAUGACAGUGGGGACAGGUCUCGUUACAGAAAAUAUAAGUUUGACCCUUUAAAGGGUGGCGGAACUUCUCCCUACAGUGUGAACGACAAAACAGAGUGUCGUGGAAAUGGCUUCAGCAGUUCAGGCAGUGCAGACCCCCAAACCUUCAAACCCAGCAAGCCGUCUUCUCAGCCCCUGGUGUCCCCCGAGUUUGGGGCAGGAGGGGAGUACAGCCCUCCAGCAGGCAUGACGGGGGAUGGCGGGGUGACGGAGCAGGGCUUCACCCAGCAGCAACACCGCUCUCAGGCACUCAAACGGCCUCCAUUAUGUACUCCAACUGUUGAGACUAUGAAGAGCCCAGACCCCCGACUGCUGGAGGUCAUCGAUGGAGAGUUAUUAGACUGCAGCCCCACACUGCUCUGGAGUGAACUAUUUGGGCUUACCCAUGUUAAGGCUGCACUGGAGGAGGACAUAAUUUGGCCCGUUUUGAGGCCCAGUCCAAUGGUGCAGCCACCAAGAACCGUCCUGCUGUUUGGCCCAAGGGGAGGGGGUAAGAUGACACUGGUUCGGUCACUGGCCUCACAGUUGGGGGCUUCGUUUUACCAUGUUAGUGGAGCAAUGCUGGCCACCAAAGGGAAGCUGGAUGCAGAACAUAUUCUGGGUUCUCUGCUGCAGGUGACAGAGGCACGGCAACCCUCAGUGGUGCUGCUUAGUCAGGUGGAGGCCAUGGAGGAGGACGGGCUGAGGCAGAUCCUGCUAACUACCCUGGAGAAAGCCCAGGUUGGGACCACAGGUCUGGUCACUCUUAUAUGUGCUACUGGAAGGCCGGAUCUACUGCAAGACGCGGUACAUCGGAGCUUCACCAAGCGAUAUUAUGUUGGUCUACCAGAUGUGGGAAUCCGCCAGCAGGUGCUGCUGCAGGCCCUGACGCCCCAAGUCUGCAGCCUGAACGAGAGGGAGCUGAAUGUUGUGCUGCAGCGCACAGAGGGCUUCUCAGUCUGGGAGCUGCUGCAGCUCAGUCAGCAUGCACUUUCCUCAGCAUCCUCCCAAACUGGAGUCAUGCAUGGUCUCCCCACAUCCCCCAAAGCACCAAACUUCACUGAUUUUGAGAAUGCCUUCUGUAAGGUGCGGCCACACACCACCACAAAAGAACUAGACACUUGUUUGGAGUGGAGCAAGAUGUACAGCCACUGAGACAGAAGCUGGUCAUUGUGUUCAGACUUCUGGGUUUUAGUUCUGGCAUAGAGAGCAAUGGGAAUGUUUUGUUGUGGUUUUUGAAUUACAGAUUAUGCAGCCAAAAGAGCCAAAUGAGCUCAUCAACUGGAGACUGCUGACAGAGUUGUUCCACUGGCAGGAGCAUGCCAUAAUGUACUGUUUUGUUUCGCCCACAUAAUUUUAUUAUUCCUAAAGAAAAGAAAGGUGGGUAGGGUAGUGUUAUUAGUCAUUUGGCCAAUGGAAAAAAAUCAGAAACAUAUUUGGGAACUCUCCAAGAUCCUGAUUAGUCUUGGUCCGGCACAAAAUCAAUUAUUUGUUGCUUGGUGAUGUGGUCCAAGGUUAUGGAUAAUCAGGGUUUGGAAAUAUCCCCUUUUUGGCUGCUGCUCUCAGGUUCCUAUUGGUAAUAACCAGUCCUCGUUCAUGUUAUCCUAACCACAUCAGUGUAAUCAGUGAUCAUAGUCAUUCGGCACAAAGGGCUUGGGAUCAGCAACACUUCAGCAAUUUUUGACCAAAAACUUGUCAAACCAAAUACUUAACAAGAAGCACUGUUAUUUCCCCCUUUCGAAUGGACUGUUUCUAAAAAAAAAAUCACAGCAUGUUGAUAUUUUACAAUAUCUUCUUACCAAACUAUGACCCAACAGCUGCUUGUUACUAUUAGAAAACACAAGAUUUAAAACCUGCACCGGUUUGUUUAAGUGAAUUUGUUGUGUUGUUUGGUUGCAGAACUACUCCUGAAUCUUUAUUUAAUGGCACUGUGCUCACACUGAAUGCAGCACAAUUAACUGAUAAUCUUCUUUAUGAUCCACAUUCCACAUCGACUGCAGUUUUCUUGAGAAUCCCACUCAAAGAUGAAAACCUGUGCAUCCAGCUUCUCCCACAUCAUGCUUGUUUUCCUAUCACAAGUUUUUCUUUUUUAUAUUAUGUAAUAUUAUUUUAAAUGCUCAGGAAGAAUUUCUUUACCUCAGAACUAAGAAAUAAAGAAUGUAUGUAAUCUUAGGGUCUUAGAAAAGAGUGUUGUGGCGUGAAACAAAGGAGAAUCUGACAGUCUGCAGCUGGGCUCGUACCUCGGGAGAGAAACUUGAAUAUUCUACAAAGAGUAACAUUGAAUGUAAUUCAGGUAUUUUUAAAAGGAUAUUUGAUGCCAUAAAUCCAUGCUUUAUUAUAUAUGAAUAUAUAAAUGUGUUUUUGUUUGUUUUCAGUUCUUUUAUCCUUUAUUUUUCUUGUAGUUUAUGGUGAAGUGAUGAUUGUCAUCAAGAAAUGCGAUGUAGAAUACAAAAAAAUAAUUCUUUUUUUUUGUUGGACAAACUGUUUGCAAACCCUGUGUUAUCUAGUGGUUUACACAUCCACGCUUGGUGCAAAAUAUAAUUUGUAAAUGGAAAAAAAAAAACAAUCGAACACCUGAGCACAAAUUAGGACUCUUAAAGACAAAACUGGCCACAACACACAGCAUAAAGAAGUUUUUAAAUGUGGCUUUUGAUAUUUCUUUAAGUUUAAAUAUUCACAGCCACGUAAACAUAUAAAGGAUUGAUCCAGGAAUCUUUCUUUUGCAGCUCAUACUUCCUCAGUUUGUUCGAUCAAACUGGGAAAAUUAAGCAGGUUAAAUGGUUGUAUGUGUGAAUUUUGUCAUGGAUCUAGAGAGGUAUACACAAAAAUGAUGUAAUAUCAUCUUCGCCCUCUUUCCCUUCCUCCUGUUUCACCCUUCCUCCCAUCCUCAUCAUUCUUCUUCUCUUUUUCUCUCUCUCUCCCCUCCCAAAUGCAAUCUCAUUAGGCGGGAUUGCCCCAUGGCCACAGUGACCAUGUGGCGUUUUAUUCCCACCCCCCCCUCACCUUUUCUUCCCCCUUCCCUUAUACCGAUUUCUCCAAAGUGGAAGUGGGGCUGAUUGAUGUCCAGCAAUCCUAUAUCAGAGUGCAGCCUUCCUUCGGCAGCUGGUAGCUUCAGUCAUACCAUACAGCCGGAUCAAUCAGCGUGACCCCCGCUGUGCAUACUGAUCACAGUCUCUGAAACCAAAACACUUUCACAAAUCACACCUCUGCCCCAAGCAGCAAACAACAAUAAAUAUCCACUUUUAAUAACUGGAAUUAAACAGCCAUGAAGACGUACAGCUGCAAUAUCGUUAYUGACAGUUUGUCCAACAAAACAAGCUUUUAUUUUGUACGUUUUGAUCUGCAGUAGCUUUAUUCUUGGUUAUUGUACAUUUUAUGUAACCAUUUCUACCUCAUUUUUUGCAGCAUAUUGUACAUGAAAGUAUUUAUUUCAUGUCGUUUUCGAUGUCUGUUUUAAAAAUGAUAAUAUUGUUCUUCAACUGUAAUAGUCUACCUCAGAAAAGACUGUAUUUUAAGAGAAGAGUAUCACACAAUAUUAAACAGAAUUUGUCAAUAUUAAA